CCAUCAUUCUUCUUGCUAAUCAUCAUGACAGCUUUCUCGGAGUCCUGGCUGGUUGGUCCACAGCGCACGCAAUUCUACACUCGCACUUACUGCCCAGCUUCCACCGCAAAAGCUGUUGUAGUUUUCCAUGUAUUUCCUGCUUGGUCCGCGCGCGACAUAGCCGUCUUUGCGUAUGACCAGCGCGGCUUUGGGAGGACGGCCUUAGACUCGGAGAUGAAGAGCAAAGAUAGUUCAUAUGCGAAGACGAGCUGGAAGGAACAACUUGAAGAUAUUGAGUGGGCUAUCAACCAUGCGAAGAGCGAAUUCGGUUCCGUUCCCGUGUUUCUGUAUGGGCAUUCAAUGGGUGGAGCAUUGGAAACAAUAACAGGCCUCGCAGGCGUGAUUGCCACUGCCUCCCUCAUCCUUCAAACGAAGCCAGCUGCUAAAGCAGCGAGAUGGAUAGGUGGCAAGGCUAGUUUGCUAGCGCCUUCACUCACCAUUCCGGCGGAAGUCAAGGGUCAGGAUUUGUCGCAUGACGGGGCUGUCGGUGAUGCAUAUUCGAAAGACCCGAUGGUUAAACAAGUUGGGUCGCUUCGCGGUGUAAGUGACAUGUUAGACGGGGGCGAGCACCUCUUACGCACUGACUACACUCGUUGGCCCACAGACCUCCCUGGCGGCUAUCAUGAACUUCACAAUGAACCAGACGGCGUGAAGGAGAAGCUUAUUGAGGAGUGUAUCACCUGGGUGGAGGCGCACCUGUCUCCCAACAUUUCCCCUAAGCUCUGAGGAUACAGGCUUUUACUACUUACCAUUUUGCUUACGUUCGUGCACUCGUGGUCU